CAUCUACAUGUGGUGCCACGCCAACUACAAUCCGAAGCACGAGACUACUGGUCCCGACGAGACCAUUACCGCUUACGCAGAGGGACCGCACGGACAGAACAGCGUCUGUUUCCAGGACUUCUACCCGUUUCCGUCUACUCUUUCGGACGGGACUACGUCCAAUUGCUGGACUCAACUACUCGCCAAGAUGUCGCAGAACCAGAACGGGGCCUACGGCUUCUACGUCUCCGACAUCCAGGCUGCCUUCCAGCACUUCUACAAGCACCCCACCGUGGACAAGACGUUCAUGCCGCAGUUACCAACGUACCCUACACCUAAUGUCGGCGACCUGAAGAAGGCUACGUCCCCACUUAUGCAUGGUCCUGUCUUUCAGCAUUAUCCCACGGAGAUGUUUACCAAGCUGGAGCCCUACGACCUCUUUCACCAGAACAUCAUCUUCAAGAACAACGAGAACCUCGUCUACAUCCCGACCAAGAACGGUGGAGCCCGCUACUUCGGCCAUUUCAUCAACCAGUACAGCGACUUCCAGGAACCCCCCGCCUGUGAAGAUCUACGAGGACUCUCC